UAAAAACCUGAGAAAAAAUGGAGAUGGACGACCUUUAUGACGAUGUUGAAGACAACAUUUAUGACACUGUUGAGGACAAACCUGCCAGUUACAGACCUUUGGCCCAUCAGACCGCUCCUCAGGUCUCAAACAGGGGCUUACGUGGAGCUGUUGUCUUUCUGGGGUUGCUCUGUGGUUUCCUGGUCGUCGGACUCAUCGUAGUCAGAGUCCACUAUUUUCUUGCAACACGUGCCUUGGCUGCAGAUCUGUUCUUCAUGAAAUCCAACCUCCAUGACUGCAUUCAGAAGGGAAAUGACCACAUAUCCAACCUGACGGAAGAGGGAGACCAGCUCAAUGCCAGCCUCGUCAAAGCCACUCAGGAGCGGAAGAAGCUUGGGAUGGAUAUAACGUGUCCUGCUGGAUGGUGGCUGUUCAACGGAAGCUGUUAUUUUCUUUCCAGUCAGACUGGACCCUGGAAAGCAGGAAGAGAAGACUGCAAAACCAGAGGAGCGCAUCUCGUUAUCAUAACGAGUAAAAAGAACAGGAGUUCAUCGAAGGGCUCAAGGUCGCCUAUUGGAUCGGUUUGACUGAUGUUGAACAAGAAGGAACCUGGAAAUGGGUUGAUGGAUCUGCAGUCACUCUGUCAUUCUGGGAUGGAAGACAGCCUGACAAUGGUAACGGCGAUCCAAUUUAUGGUGAAGAGGACUGUGCACUCAUGUUUUCAACAGGAGGGUGGAAUGAUCGGGAUUGUAACCAAAACUUUCCAUGGAUUUGUGAGCAAUAGCUGCACUGUGUAAUGAGUUUCACACUGAUGACUUUGGAAAUACUGUUAAGUAUAUUAAGCUUCACAAAACUGGAAUGCAAAAUCUAUUACAGGGUGGGGAAGCAAAAUUUACAAUGAACAUUUAGUUGUUUUUUCUCAGCAGGCACUACGUCAAUUUUUUUGAAACCAAACAUAUACUGAUGUCAUAAU